AUGCGUGCAGACCUUUGUUCUCAUGCAGAGGGAACGCUGAUACCCGAGCUGCAGCGCCAGGGUCUCCGCAUCCCUCUGCAGCCCGUUCCCGUUAUCGACGACAACGGGUACAUGUGCGUCGACCCACUUGUGGACGUUCGAAGAGAGCUACUUGACCACAAACAGAAGUUCGUUGUGCUGGAGCAUGACAUACAGGUUCUUACGGCCAAGAUCGAGUUUCUGGCCAUCAGCAAAGGCGUGACGUCGGACGAGUUAGACGCGGGAGCGCGCCAACACCUCGGUGCCGUAGCCGAGACGGUGGUGCCGUCGGCGACUCCACGGAAGCAGGCCACAGACGGAAGUGGCCAGAUAGAGAGCGCGAGGACUCCUCAGCCGCGUGCACCGGCGGCAGUGCCUGCAAUCUCUCCCUGCCCUGCACCGCGCACACCUGCCAUGAAAGAUGGCCAUGUAGCUGCUGGCGUAGCGACACCUGCUGUGGUCUGGCAACAAGAGCGCGGCCAGCUUGCACUGGCCUUGCGCAGCCGCGCCUCGACUCCCGUGCCUGCCGCGGCAGGUAACCCCGGAAGGGCCGCAAGCAGCGGACGGACGGGAGUCAUGUGUAACGCAGUGAAGCAGAGGUACUACGUGCGGAUCAUAUCUGCUCGCCGGCAGCAGGUUCGUCUGGGGUCCUGCACGGUGCAGCUGUCCGACGGGGAGAGGCAGGCGCUAGCCGGCUGCACCGAGGAGAGUCUAAGGCUUCUCGUGAAGUACAGGCGCUGGAACAGAUGGAGGGAGUGGAGAGCCGCCUUGGAGGGUCUGGAUGAUGCCCAGGCGCCCGAGGCCCGUUCGCGGCGAAAGGGCAGAGUCCCCCGGGUCAUGCAUGACGUUGAGGAGGUGGAGGCGACCACGCCCGCUACGGAGGACCAGCCUAUGGCUCUUGAACCUGAGGACCCACCAGAGGAUUACACAGAUGACGAGGCGUCUGUUGACGAUGAUGCUGUGUAUGAACCAGAGGGCGAUGCCAUGGAGGAUGAGGAUGACUGGGAGGAGGUCAACAAGGAGGACACUGCUGCAUGA